UGAGAUGGUGUGAUGUAAUACCAUAUCUCUCUCUCUCUCUCUCUCUCUCUCUCUCUCUCUCUCUCUCUCUCUCAUUGUGGGAACUUCUUUGCAUAUAAGAUAUGUGACACGUGGAAUAAUAAACUGCCACCAGAAGUUGUAAACAGCAACAGUGUGGAAGAGUUUAAAAGAAAGCUAGACAAAACCAUAAGGACACUGUGAAUGCACAGUAAAACCUGCUCCUACAGAUAAGUGAGCACACCAUGUCUCCUUUUUAAAAGGAUGGACUAACAAGUCUUUGAGACAUCCUAAUCCUUGUAUACUCCUUGUAAAUCUCUCUCACAACAUUCUAUAUAUAUAUAUAAAUAUGCACCUCGAGUCAAAUUUCUCCUAACUAGUACGUCUAUCGAAUCUCUCUAUCUGUUUCUAUCUAUCAACAGUGUUAUUUCUCGUUGCUAAUCAGUUUACCUAUCUAUCUAUCUACGUCUUAUCACCCCAUCUACCUUGCUUUAUCAUUAAUUGUUUCUAUCUAUCCACCUAUCUAUCUGUCGAUCUAUUAUCCUGUUUGCCUAUCUGUUAUCGUCAAUCUACCUGGAGUACCCGCUCUCGUUAUCAGUCUUAUCAACGCGUCAAAAUUCCUUUAUCAUUUUUCCUGGGAGGGAAAAAAUAAUAUUAAUUAAAAAUCAAUUAUCUUUGGCUUUAGGCCUAUAAUGUAACAGGACCCAAUAUCCUUUUGGUAAUUAUCAGAAGAUUUGCUUGUAAGCUUUUUGUUGUUGUUUUGUGAUGGUUUUAUAUAAUUAUUAAAUAAGCCUACUUAUUUGCUCUUUUUAUUUUCUUUUAUUCGUAUUUUCUCGACACAAAUUGUUGCAGGUUUGAAAACCAUUGCAUACGUGUUUGCGUGUGAGUGUAGACGUAUAGGCCUACGUAGUACAUGCAUGUGAAAUCUACUUGUCCCUUUUACAAGAACCAUUGAAGUACAAUAACGUUGCACCCAUAAAACCAUUGAAUAUAUAUUUAUAUGUUGGUGUAAGUAUAGACUUAUCUAUACAUGCAUGUGGAAUCUACUUGUCCCUUUUUCAAGAACCAUUGAAAUACAAUAACAUUGCAACCAUAAAACCAUUGAAUAUAUGUUCAUGUAUUGGUGUAUGUAUAGGCCUAUAUACAUGUUCAUGAAAUCUACUUGUCCCUUUCACAAGAACCAUUGAAAUACAAUAACAUUGCAACCAUAAAACCAUUUAAUAUAUGUUCAUAUGAUGGAGUAGGUAAACUAGGCCUAUCUGUACAUGCAUAUGAAAUCUACUUACCCCUUUUAAGAACUGCAUAAAUACAAUAACAUUACAACCAUAAACCAUUGAAUAUAAUUAUGUUCAUAUUUUGGUGUAAGCGUAUAGGCUAUCUGUACAUGCAUAUGGAAUCUACUUUCCCCUUUCACAAGAACCAUUGGAAUACAAUAACAUUGCAACCAUAAAACCAUUGAAUGUAUGUCCAUAUGUUGAUGUAGGCGUAUAGGCCUAUGUACAUGUUUAUGAAAUCUACAACAGCCAUACAACCAAAGCUUCACUUUUCAAUUCCCUGCUAUUCUGAGACAAUCUCCUAUACACCUUGAAGCUCUGAAAACCGGUAGUGUAUGUCCAUGUGUAUGCACAUCUGUAUGAAAUACGUGUUUUUCUGUACGUAUGUGUUAAAAGGAUAUAGUGAUUGCUCUUGCAUUUACAGUUACGCCAUUCGUGAAUGCCUGCAUGUGUAAAUGUAUGUAUGGCUUCUUAUAUAUUCAUGUGUACAUUUUUAUACUUCAAUACGAUAUCCUGCUUUGGUUAACAAUGCUGCAGACACUUAUUAACUCACUGUAAUAACUUUCGCUGGCGGUUACAAAAGAUAGGCCUAGUCCAUGAGGGUCAUAUGCGUAAACCAGUACGUAUACUGUAGUCAAAUCUCUGCAUACGAGAGAUAAUCACAAUAUACAAUUAUUGCAUAAGACUAAGGUUUUUUUUUUUUUUCAUCUUAAUUUUGUCUUUACAGUUUCAAAUGCUAGGCAUUCCCUCAACAAUUUGUGACAGGACAUUAAUUGAAAAGUUCCCGGAAGGAAAGUUUAUGAAAAUCCCCUUUACUGGCGCUAUAGUCACGUCAGAAUUUCCAUUUUAGUAACAAACAAAAAAAAUAUAUAUAUAUAAAUACAUACAUGGAAAGCUCUACGUAAAACACGCCUGGAUUAAUUUCGGAGAAUUAUUAUUAUUAUUUUUUUUCAAAAAAAAAAAAAAAAAAAAAAAUUCCCAGCUCGACGAGAGGAAAAUGUUAGCACUAACAAUACGCUCUGCAAAAAUCAGCAUUUUUUUUUUUCUUUUUGCGAGCCCCUGAUUCAAGAGAUUAGAGAUAACUGUGCAAACCGGUUAAUUAAAGGCGAAGGCUGGAUGUACAUCUGUGAGAUGCAAAGAAUAUUAUACAUUCUAGUUGUACGGUUAAGCCAAUUGUAUAUCUGCAUAUGUAUACACAUGCAUAUACAUAAAUAUAUAUUGAAUAUACACACAAACAAACAAACAAUAUAUAUAUAUAUAUAUAUAUAUAUAUAUAUAUAUAUACUUUCGCUUUAACGGCAUCCUACUACAAUCGACUAACUACCAGGUAUUUACUACAUUUGUUUAGGUCAACAGCUUCACGACGGGAUCUUUAUACAACAUAUCCGUCACGGUCUAAAGAAUAUUUACAUGCUGCAUUAACAAUAAAUCAUGGUAAUUAUGGUACUAAUAACUGCAAAAGCGACGAUUAUGUAAAAAUAAUGGACUUCUACUACUACUACUACUACUACUAAUAAUAAUAAUAAUGAUAACACUUCAAUCUUGGUUUGAAACAUGCCCAAAAUAAAAAUUAAUUCCUUUUUCAAUAUGCCAACCACCCCGGUCAGCCAUCUUCGCAGAAACAGAUUUAUUUCUCUAUCUUUUCUUAUCGGUUCUUCGACCGACCCUGCUAUUCCUGAUAAGUAUGGAGAUCAUGUACGGUUCGCUUUUCCGUAAAGGUAGGCCGAGUCCAGGAAGGCCAUAUGCGUAAACCAGUAUGGGAUACAUGGUGUAGCAUACAGAGUGUAGCUACCUACGACGAAUAAUGAUUACAGGAUACAGAUAUCUCAUAUAAAACCAAGAACAUUUUUUGGGGGGCUACGUAUUCUGUAAAUUACAUAAUGAGAAGUAUGCUUCUAAAUGUUAUAAAAUAUAACUGAAAUGCAGUUCACAACGUAAAUAAUUUACUUUGUUAUACAUAACGACAAACGAGCUAUAUAUAUAUAUAUAUAUAUAUAUAUAUAUAUAUAUAUAUAUAUAUAUAUAUAUAUAAACCAAGGUCGUAUUCAUGCAUUUCAGCUCUGACUGUAAUUACAGUGCUAAUCAGCUCCACCAACCAGACCUGUGAGAUUUGGAACUCUGAAAGCAACGGAACAUCAUCGAAUUACUGAAGUAGCCAGCUGAUUUGGAGAGAGAGAGAGAGAGAGAGAGAGAGAGAGGAGAAAAGAUAGAGAGAGAGAGAGAGAGAGAGAGAGAGAGAGAGAGGUUUACCUCCUCGAGGACCUCUCGUUAUCUUCACCAUUGCCAAAUUCUAAACUUUGGUCAAAACAGAAAUGUGGAGCUGACUUCCUGAUAAAACCGAUUCAACUUUUAGUUGUACUGGUAAUAAUACAUUAACAAGCGCGUAAUUAAUUACAUCACAUCACAUUAACAAAUACUUUAGUAAGAUAUUUAGUAUCAGUAUACUAUGUAACCGCCCUGCUUGCUAUAUAAGUUAGACAAAUGCCAUUUUUUUAUUCAAUAAUAUUACAAUGUUCUAACAAAUCUGAUAAUGGUUUUCGUAUGACCUCAACCGUUUCGCGACGAAAUAAUUUUCGCAUGAAAAAAAAUAUAAACGCAUUUAGUUUUUAAUGAAUCAGUAACAACAACAGAUUGGUAUUCUAUGGCAAAUGCAGAAUUUAUAACAAGUACAGAGUAAUAUUCGGUAGCAAAUCCAGCGUAAGAAGGUUCUAAAACGCUAACAUUAAUUCCCGCGAAAGCCGCCGAAGAAUAUAGUAAGGAACCAACAUCCGAUGUCAAUUGUCAAGAAUCGGACAGUAAUGCGUCAACUCUAUUCGCGCAUGGUCGAUGUUGUCCGUCUCUCCCGCGAUUAAUUAAAAUUCUUUAUAAUUUUUCUUAGAUUCUUCGUUGAUUUUAGAUGGUAUAUUUAGUGUUUUUUUUUCUAAUUUAAAUUGUGAAGUGAAUUAACGACGAUACCAGCUGCGCAUCGCAUUUGAAAGUGACAGACAUUUUAGAGUUGUUCCAUUUCACACCUACGAUGAAGUGUUGUUCCAAUAUGGAAGUCUUAAUCAUCUGCUAUUAUUUGUGCGAUGUGAAAGUGGAUUGAUAAUCAACCGGUUGAACUUGAUGUUUUAGCCAGAAAUAUUGUGAAACAGACGAGAGAGAUAUUUAAAUUUAUCUGAGUAUUUCAAGUGGUACUUGUGUUCAGUUUUACCUCAGGCUAUUUACUGGCUAACACUCCCCCUCUGUCACUAGAGAUCUCUUGGACGUUUUCUCCCUACUAGAACGAUCUCUGUCACUGAAAAUCUUAUGAAACUUUGUAUUUUCUAUUGAACUAUAAAAGUGGUCAGUAUAACAUGACAAGUGGUUGCGUUCAUGAAAGCUAAGAUGUCUUAUUCAGUUUGGAAAAUACGCCAGUGAACGUACCCCCACCUCACAGCUGAUUGUGACGUCGCCGUCAGCUGUAUAGCUGUCAAAAUCAUCUGGAUCGUCGAGCGCUUUUGAAAGCGUUGCCUUUGGGUCGUCACUCAAUUUGGCCCGUCGUAAUCAAAGGGUACUUUCAGGAACCUCCUCGAGCAGGUGCCCUGAAGAUUAAUACCCACGGGCAGCCGAAGAAAUUAGGUCCAUCAACAUGCCAGCCCGGAGGGGGCUCCUGGCCCCACAGAACACCUUCCUGGACACCAUCGCCACCAGAUUCGACGGAACACACAGCAACUUCGUCCUGGGAAACGCGCAGGUGCCAGCGCUCUACCCGAUCGUGUACUGCAGCGAUGGCUUCUGUGAGCUCACCGGGUAUGCGCGCGCGCAGAUCAUGCAGAAGGGCUGCGCCUGCAAGUUCCUCUACGGGCCGGAGACCUCCGAGGAGCACACCCUGGCCAUCGACGAGUCCCUCGAGACCAAGUCCGAGCUCAAGGUCGAGGUCAAGUUUUACAAAAAGAACGGUGCCUCCUUCUGGUGCCUGCUGGACAUCGUGCCCAUCAAGAACGAGAAGAGGGAGGUGGUCCUCUUCCUGGCCUCCCACAAAGAUGUCACCAACUCGAAGCUCGAGGAGAUGGACCUCUACAAUAACUACGAGAAUGGAGACGAGAAUGAAAACCUGGACCCGGAAGCUCCUUCCGCCGCCAAAUACGGCCGCAGACGAAGUCGGGCAGUGCUCUACCAGCUCUCGGGGCACUAUACCCAAGACAAGGGCAAGAACAAGCUCAAGCUGAAUAAUACCCUCCUGCAGCCACACUCCGCAGCCCCCCUGCCGGAGUAUAAGACGGCCAGCAUCCAGAAGUCUCGCUUCAUCCUGACCCACUACGGUACCUUGAAGACAUGCUGGGACUUGGUUAUCCUCAUAGCCACCAUCUACGUGGCCGUCAUCGUUCCCUACAACGCCGCUUUCCUCGUCGGCCAGAACCAGCAGAAGAGGACCAUCGUUCCGGACGUCAUCGUGGAAGCCCUCUUCUUCAUCGACAUCCUCCUGAACUUCCGGACGACCUUCGUCAACAAGAAAGGGGAGGUGGUCCUCAGCCCCUGCAGGAUAGCGACGCAUUACGUCAAAGGCUGGUUCCUUCCCGACCUCGCUGCCGCGAUGCCCUUCGAUCUCCUGGUGGCUACUGACGUUUAUAGCUCGCAAACGGCGAACAUCCACCUACUGAAGCUGACGCGUCUCCUCCGCCUGGCGCGCCUCCUUCAGAAGAUCGACAGGUGCUCGCAGUACUCCGCCCUCAUCCUCACCUUCCUCAUGCUCUCCUUCACGCUCGUGGCCCACUGGUUCGCCUGCGUCUGGUACGCCAUCGCCGACGCCGAGAAGGACAGCGAACACGGCAACAUAGGCUGGCUCGAGAUGUUAGCCGAACGGUUAGAUCGGCCCGUAUUCAACGUGACGCUGCCGGAGAAGUACCUAACGGCGCUCUACUUCACCUGUUCGUCUCUCACCUCCGUCGGCUUCGGCAACGUCUCGGCAAACACCAACAAGGAAAAGAUAUUCAGUAUUGCCACCAUGCUUGUCGGAGCCCUAAUGCACGCCACGGUCUUCGGAAACGUCACUUCGAUCAUCCAGCGAAUGUACUUGCGUCGGUCGCUCUACCAGACGAAGUGGCGGGACCUGAAGGACUUCCUCGCCAUCAACCAGAUCCCGAAGGAACUCAGGCAAAGGGUCCAGGACUACUUCCAGACCAUGUGGAGCGUCAACCAGGGCAUUGACAUUCAUGAGACUCUCAAAGAGUUUCCUGAAGAGCUCCGAGGAGACAUAUCCAUGCACAUUCACAGGGAAAUCCUGUCCCUCCCCAUUUUCGAGACAGCUUCUCACGGAUGCCUAAAACUGCUCAGCCUCCACAUCAGGAACAACUUCUGCGCUCCCGGGGAGUAUCUAGUCCACAGAGGAGAUGCUCUCCAGUACAUCUUUUACCUUUGCAAUGGCUCCAUGGAGGUGGUUAUGGACGAGAUGGUGGUAGCCAUUUUAGGCAAAGGCGACCUUGUCGGGAGUGACGUAGAUGUGCAUUUACAGAACGGAACAGAUAGCACUGUUGUCAAGUCUUCGUGUGAUGUGAAAGCUCUCACCUAUUGCGAUCUAAAAUCUAUAUUUAUUCCUGGACUCUUAGAGGUCCUAAAAUUUUAUUUGGAAUAUCAGCAAGAGUUUUCCAAUGAUAUUAAGCAUGACUUGACCUACAACCUUAGAGAAGGUUAUGACAGCGAGCAGCAAGACAACGAUUUAUUCUCUGGAAAGAACCACCUGCCAUCCAUCAGCGAGGACGACGAGGAACGGGGCAGCGAGGAUGACGACAAAUCCCCCGUGUCCACGUCUCCCAGGUCACCUCUCCACUCCCGCACCACCACAAGGUUCAACUUUGCCCGGAAUGAAGAGGAAGUUGGGAGCCCUCGAUGGGGUCAUCGCAGUAGAGAACGUAGUGGUGGUACUCCGUCACGCAGUGCACUCAAGACACUAUCUCCAACUCGCAUUCAUCACCGAUCUUCCGAUGAACUUAGAGGUGAUGAUCAGGCAAAGGUUCAGCUGGAAAAACUUGAUACACAAGUAAAUACUCUCCACUCAGAUGUCAGUGGUCUUACCCAAGAGGUGCGUUCAGCAUUACAACUUCUACAGUCUAUUAGCCACAAUAUUGGAGGGCAUGAGAAUAUGGGUGUUGGAGGAGUAGGAAGCUGCUACACAGUUGCCAGCAGUGAAGGUACUGGUAGACCUAGAGGUGGAGUUGCUGGAGGGAGUACUCAAGGUGGUGUUGCCACAUGUUACAUGGAAGUAAACAGACUUACACCACUCUGCAGGUCUUCUCCUAGUGUAUUUGCCACUUGCGCUGAAACAAAAACUUCUUCAUCAACUCCCCAUCAUCGCACCAGAAAUGUUUCAACACAAACUGACCUUCCAAUAGAUGUCCCUGUAGCAGUAUUAGAAGCUUUUGUGUUGGCCCAUCGCACCAGAGUUCUUCAGUUGUUGGGCAUUACAGAGGAAACUGAUGAUUCUGAUGCCAAACCUUACAACAAAGAUUCCUUUACCAGUCCUUCCACUUUACCGCCUGCUACGUCCACAUCACAAGGAAGUCAUGCUCAUACAUGUAUCACAAUUGCUGGAAGCAACAGUAGUAGCAGCUCUGGCAGCCCAGUUUCAACACCAGACAGAGAAGAGCUUCCUUGUUUAACUAUUAAGUACCAAGAAGAUCCCAUUGGAAAAAAUCCCAACCCAGCAAUUACUAUUCAAGAAGUUUCUCCUACUGCAGGGGAUGGUAGAAAUAACAAUAACAACAAAAAAGAAAAUACCACCGUGGAAACUUACCAAUUAACGAAUGUUCAAAAUUGGCAUCCAAAGCCGCAGGGGGGUAGAACUGUCAUAUCAGGAUCACGAAGUACUGGCAGUCUCAAAGAUAUCCUUUCUAGUGUUAACCUGAUAAACCAGUCACAACAUUCAACCUUCCAACAACCACAUGACCCACUACCUCACACCCAGAAUGAGGACACCACUGAAGAUGAAGAAAACACUAUCGUUAACUACAGAUCCUCAAAAAAGUGUCCACCUUCUGAUCUGAUUUGUUUCUCUGAAGUAAAUCACACAAUGACUCGCAGUACUUCAAUGCCCGUAUCAUCCUUGAGAAUUUCUUCCUAUCCUUCAAAUACUUCUCUUUCAGGAGUUAAAACCGAAUAUAAGGAUACAGGACUUAAUGCUGCGGUGCUAUCUGAAAAAGUGAAUUUGCCAAAUACAGGAGAUCUGUCUACUGUGAAUAAAAAGUCAACAUGUGUAACAGAUUUCUAGCUAAGGAUCGCUUUAUGAUCUUUAGUUUACUAAAUAUGUGGUACAAACUAGCAAAAUAAGACAAGGAAGAGUAAAAUAUGAAUUACAUUUGUAAUAACUGUAUCAACCAUAAAUCUGAAAUUAUAAUAUGGCAAGGAUUACAUGAAAUUACUAUUUGAAAUCAGAUGAACAUGUAUAUAGUUGCAAAAUUAAAGAAUUUAUUUUUAUAUCUUCAAAUGAUUUUAAAUUUUAGAUAGAAUAAGCAAUUAUCUUCAAUUAGUUAAAAGGGUAUAUAGACACACUGGUGUUAACAAGUUUUCUGUAGAUAUGUUAAUUUUUGAGUGGAUACCAAGGGCUUUUAUAUUCAAUGGGGAAACCAUUAAUUUCUUAAUGGGGCUAUCUUGUACUUAAAAAGAUUUCUAAAAGCCAUUCUACCUCUAUUAAUACUUUUAACUAUGUAAUGCACAUGCUGUAAGUACAUCUGCCAAACCUGCACCUGCCUAUCAACAGUACUUAUUUAUUAAUACAUAUGUACGUACAGUGUUCACAUGGAAGUGAACGAUUGCAUGCACAAGUCUUUAAUUCAUAUAUUUAAUAUUUAUAACAAAUUAAGGUCUCAAUAUAAUGAGAAUGCAUGCUUCCUAUUCUUUUUAUCUUUAACUAAGCAAUUGUUAGAAUUUUCCUACAAGUAAGAAGAUCCAUCAUAUACAUAAAUAUGAUAUUAUGUGUAUAUUUAAUAAAAUUGGAUUUUCAGGAUUUUUCAUAAUGAAGGAUCUUGGAUAACUAAUUUGUCCAAUUCAAAAACAUUUAUAUUAACAGUCUUAAAUGAUUAAUCAAUACUUGUGCCACUUUUUAGGUUAACAGUCUUUGAAAUAAUUUCAAAUCUUGUUACUGUAUCUUGUUUAUAGAAUGUUAGCAUAACUGUACGCUAUGCAAAUUAUGCUCUGUCUUUUACAUGUGGUGGUGUCAAGUUAUUUCUAUACUGUCUUUUGCUAUGUUUGUUGGGAAGUUACUUCAGAAUCAUCCUAACUACAAAACAUUUUGUUGAAUACAAGACUUAUCCAUCAUCUUCCACUGUCUCUUUCCCUAUUAUUGUGAUACAUUACAUUAGGUUCCUGAUGGUGUACAUACAAUUAAUAGAAAUAUUUUUGGUGGAAAUAAAAAGUGAUCAUAUCUGCACAAUAUAAAAGUAAUUUAUGAAUGAUUAUUGAUUUUGUUGCUUAACUAAUAUUAUUACAGGGUGUUCUCUUCCUACUGUAACACAGAAUAUACUAACAGCAUUCAAUGCAAAAGUUUUCUUAACAAAAUUUCACCUCCACACGUUAUUUUCUCAUAAAAAAAUUGGGUUGAGUUUAAUUUAUAUUUAAACCCUUUGAUAAACUAGAGAACAAUUAAAUCCAGAUGGUAUAUCUGAAGAAUCAAUUCUGACUAGAAAUUGCAAAAUAAACAAAAUGAUGGUAAAAACUACCUUACGCAGAAUUCUGACUAGAAAUUGCAAAAUAAACUCUCUUACUUUUACAACCCACAAUAUUAGUGCCAGUGACAGACUUCAAGAGGUUAAUUGUAAUUGCUGCAUCAAAACUUCCUGUUACACCAUUUUGUCAAAGAUGAUACAGUGAAUUAAUUAUUCUGUUCAGAUAUAACAAACCCUUUACAUAUGUUACUAAUUUCAAGUUUGAAUAUCUUAAUUAUCACUGAAUUUAUACAUGUGUACAAAUAUUUCAACACAUGUAAACCUACAAAUAUCCUUUGAUUCUAUUUUUAUCUGAAUCAAGAUUAUUACUAAUUUCCUUAAACUUACACAAAGCCACAAAUACACCAGCUGUGGGAGCAAAGUAACAAAAUACAGGUAGUCAUAAUUGCUUUUGUUUUGUGCAAAUAUGUUCUGGUAACAUCUUCUCUAUAUGUGACACUUGGGUUGAAUAUUAAUAUAGUGAUCCCUAAUGAUAUUGUACAUACGUCAUCUUGAAUCUUGAAUAUAUUAAAAUCUAGUAAUGUUAAAUGUUAUUUUGCUGAGGUAAUCCAGACUAUUACUAUCCUGACUAGCUACUGCUGUAAAUUCAAGAACACGACUGUAUUGAUGAAUUGAAUAGUAUUAAAUGUACAGUAAUUCAGAUCAACGACACAAUCAAAAUAUAUUUUGACAAACACCAGUUUCUGUAUUAUAUAAAAUGCUUCGAAUAAUGAUAUUUUGAAAGUAGUUUUUUGAACUUUGUAUAAAAGUAAUAAAGCCUUUCAUACUUCAGUAGAGUUGGAUAGAUAAAUACCAGAGAAAAGUAAUCUCACAAGAAUCUAACAAGAGUCUAGGUUCACCUUAGUACACUUACCAGUACCAAAAAUCCACUGCUUAAAAAACAGCAAAGCUAAAAUUCCCUGUUUCAAGUUAGUCAUCCAACAACAUCUCUCUUACCAAGUUUACUGAUGAAGAACAAAUAAAUAUAUCACAAUAGGAAAGGUGAGAAAACUAUAGCUGGGAGCAGAUACACAAAAUUGGCACAUUUACUACGCAGUGUUGCUAAACAGCAGCACCAAUAUGUAGUAAGUGUCCUGCGCAGCUAACUUCCCAGUUCCAGAGGUCUCUUGAUUCCUCACACCAUUGGACUGUGGAACAGUUUCAGUAAAUAUGUUAUGUAAAUAGAACCUCAAAAUUCAAGUACAGGUGUAAUGCAUUACUACCCUAAAACAAUUCACCUUGUAUUUUAAUAAUUUAUUUCUAUUUCUAUCUAUUUUUCUAUUGAUUGACCUUUUUCCUAAUAACUGAUCUCUUCUUUCUGUAUUUUUUAUUGUCUUCUGUAACUUCUUUCAAAUGAACACCAUAUUCUUUGGAAGCUUGAAUUUCAAGUGAAUGGCCCCUUGCAGGCUCAUUCCACAUGAAUAGGAUUCAUCUUCAGAAUAUGUAAUAAUAACAAUAUGCAUAAUAAUGACAGUAAUAAUAAAAAAUUCUGGAUCAAAAACCCUUUUCUAAAGAGUUGCAGAUCUAAACUACUUGUCAAGCAAAUAAUGGUACCAGAAAAAUAGGAUACAGAAAAUUGACUUAAACCUUAUGAAGUAAUGUACCAAUUGUAUAUUAUUGUGAAAAAACUUAAGACAGAUCGACAAUAACAUUUGAGCAUUCUAACUUACAGCAUAGGUACUAAAUUUAACUACAACAAAGGUACUAAAUUUACCAUUCACCUAAUGAACCAAAAAAACCACUGGCUGCUAUUUUCUAAAUUGAUUUAAGAAGAGAAAUUCAUAAAAAAUUAAGUGUCAAAAAAAUUUUUUUUUUCAAUAUAUAAAAGAUCUCUAUACAAAAAAUAAAUGGUUACCAAAAA